CAAGUAGCAACCAAUGAAAGAUAGGCAAUGGCUGCCUCUACAUAGAAUGGAAAGGUGUUGAUAUUGUAAUUUUCGAUUUAUAUUAAACGACAUUUAACGGAUUUAACCCUUUAAACUUUAUUCAGUGAGACUUUAAGAGCAAAGAAAAAAAUUACUGUUAUGUGAUUUAAUGGAGGCUGGGGGAGAUCAUGUGAAAAGAGAGGAUGGAGGAGAUUCUAAACAGCAAGAAAAUAUUCAUCUCCCCAUCUUAAGUGGUGAGCUGUCACACACUGUCCAUACUGAUGAAAACACUACUAUAAUAAGUGAUAUAAAUAGACCUAUUAUUGAUCCCAGUAAUGACACUAAAAAGUCUGUAAAAACACUUAAUGAAGAUGCUACACAGAGUGUAAAGGAGCUCAAGGAGGGACAUGUUGAACUGGAUAACAGAGCUCUUUCUCCUUGUUCAUAUUCAAAUAGUGAGACUUCAGAGAGAGAAAUAACCCUUGAACCGCUAAGUCCAAAUGCUGAAUUUUCUUCAUCAUCUGUGCAGCAACCAUUAGAUGAUUUGUCCACAAGUAUCCCAGCAGGUCCUUCUGAUGAUAGAGAAGACAUAAGUGAUGGUGAGUUGGAUAUAGAUUCUGCAGAAAAUUUGGAAGGGGAUUCCAAUAAAAAUUCUGAUCAUGUUUUUCAAGAAGCAACUAAUGAGGAUGUUUCUUUGGAUACCUCUUGCCAGGCACAACCUCUGGUGGCCAAUGAUGAUACUAGAGGAACAUUGUCCAGUGAUGAUAGGGAAAUAAUUGAUCUCAAACUUGAAGAUGCCAUAGGUAAAAGUGAUGAAGGUGCAGAUGACAUCAACAGAAGGUCAAAAGGCCCUAGUGAGGAUCUUGAAGCAGUUUCAGAUGACGAACUCCUGCCUGAAACUUCUCAGGCACCAAAUGAUGCGACUGCUGUGUCUAACACAGCAUUAAUGAGAGAGGAGGUCAGUUCUGAAGAUGAAGUCAGCGCCACAAAUGCACAAUGUGACAUUGAUCUGCCUCAGGAAUUACCUAAUUUUUCUGGUGGCUUGAUAGAUCAGCAAACAGCAUCAUUUGACCAGACUGAUUCGUUUUCUCAUCUUAGCUCUGAAAAUGUAAAUAAUCUUCCAGUCUUAGAGGCUGAACCGAUUUCUGAUGAAGAAGAUAUGGAGCAAGAAGAAAAUGUUCUUGGGCUGGAUGGUGAUGGUGAAGCUGGUGAAAUCCAUAGCCCUCCUCCGAUUCGUUCUCCUGUUUCAGAAUCUGGAGGUCUCUUGGGAGAAGUAGAACCCAUAUCAGCUGAAGAAAGUAGUGAUACUGAUGGUGAAUUGCCCAGUGGGGAUGAAGACUCUGCACAGGAAUUGAUUCCUGGAAAAUCAAAUAAUAAUUUUGAAUCUAUUGAAUCAGAUGAAGAUGGUAAUAUUGAUGAGUUCUCUCAAACACAUACAUUACCCAAAACUGGGCAUAGACAAAAGAAAAAUGAUUAUAUGGAAACAAUUUCUGAUGAAGAGAUUUCAGAAAGUGCUCCAGAGCUUUCUGUUUCACAUCAAGUUUCAGCUCAGACAUUAGAUGCCUCUUACCAUCAAACUAGUCCAGUUAUAAAAGAUGUUGAGAUGGAGAAAAAACAAGUAACCACAAACUUCAACGAACACCAGGUCGAGCUGGAUUAUGAAGAAAAUGAUGGUGAUGAAGGGGAGAGCAAAAUAGAGGAGGUUCCUGCUGAACCCAAAGUAAUAAAAGAGGGGGCCGAAGAAGAAGGUGAACUAGAAGAGGUUUGUGGUACAGAUAAAGAUGAAGGUGAAUUAAGUGAUGAUGACUGCGAGGAAGGAGAAAUCAAAGAGCCUGGAAGUAAGAAACCUUUUGUCAAGCCAAUGUGUAGGUUUUUUCAGAGAGGAAACUGCACCUGGGGAGUAAAUUGCAGAUUUCUACAUCCUGGUGUCAAUGAUAAAGGAAACUAUCAGAUGAUUGAAAUACCUGGAUUCAAACCAAUAGGAAUUAGAGCAAGAAUAGGAAUACCAGGUCAAUGGCCAGAGCAACCAGAAGAGCCCAUUGAACUACCACCACCUCCCAUUCCAGACAUUCCACCUGUAGAAACAGCAUGGGAACGAGGACUUAGAAUAGCAAAAGAGCAAAGAAAAAAGGCUAAUGAAAGAAAAGAACUUGAGCCAGACUUUGAAGAGAAACGUUUAAAUUUAUCUGUUGAUGAGGAACGAGAAUUGAAUAAAGAAAAUGAACGUAUGCCUAAAAUAGUUGCUAAGGACCCUUAUUAUGAUCAGCAGGCGUUUGAAGAAGACGAGUAUUAUAAAAUUUCCAGGGAACCAGCAUGGCAGACUGGACAUUAUGAAAAUUUUGAAGUUCGGUAUCAUAGAGAAAAUUCUUUUUCACCUCCUUACCGGGACAAGCCACUUAUGUUGCCACCUGCUAGAUUCACUCGUCCAUAUAGUCCUCCUAUAGAUAAAUUUGGUAGAGACAGGGUAGAAAGGAGGGAACCUUUCCGGCCAGACCCCAUUCCAUCAUCUACUUUACCAGCAGACUAUCCCUCCCCAUUAAAGCGACCAGAUGAAUGGACAGAUCCUUGGAGAAGAUCCAAGACACCCCCAGCGCUCAAACCUAAGAUCAGAAGUCACUCCAGGGGAAGAAGAGCCCAUAGAUCUAUCAGUGAUUCAUCUAAUUCAUCAAGAUCAAGUUCUGGGUCAUCUUCAGGAUCAUCCCACAGCAGUCGUUCUUUAAGUGGAUCCUCUCGCAGCUCAAGAAAAUGGAAACAAAACAUAUCUAGAGUAUUAACUAUAGCACAGAAGAAAAAAAAACGCCGCUCAAGAUCUGUAGAACCUGCGCCUCCAGGUGUUGAUAGACAUGACCGCUACAUUUCACCCUCCAGGGAGCCACCAAGAAGUUCUGUGGCUGUACGAGGACGUGGGGGAUACAACAGCUAUGACCAAAACUAUUACAGAAGCAACCGUGGCUAUGACCGCUCCAGAGGCUCGAUGGGAGGUGGAUACCACCAGCGUGGAUAUCAGCAGCGUGGUGGAAACAGCAACUAUUACAACAAUUACAACAGUGGAGGUGGAGGUUACCCAGACAGGGACAUGAGAGACAGAGGUCGAGAUGAUAGAAUGGGACGAAACAGAGUAAGAUCACCACCUGAUCGACCAUUACCUUAUGUCAGGCCAAGGCCAAAGAGUGCAAGUAGUCGGUCUAGCUCCAGCAGGUCUCGCUCUAGGUCAAGAGGGAGAUUCAUCUCCUCUCAUUCCAGGUCUAGCUCUGGAAGCUCUCGAUCUAGCAGCUCCUCCAGUUCUUCUGCAGGCAGCGCUGACUCUGAGCAUCUAUACAGAGAUCUUGGACCUCCUUCCAAAAAUUCUAGAGUACCUGCAUUGGCAAAGAAAAAGAGAACCAACAGUCACAAAGAACAUCCUAAAGGUCUUGAGUUACUCCCUCAGUCAGUUCCUCAGAGAGGUCAGCCUCCAAUCCCCCAUUCACCUGUCAGUUUAGACCGCAUUCCACACCCACGUGAUCCUAAACCUCAGCCAAACUCUGGAAGAAAUGAUUCAAAAUAUGCCAGCCGUAAUGCACCUCAGGUUCCUGUAAAGGCUAAGGAUCCUCUUAAAGUUGUUGGUCAGAAGUCCAAUAUCAAAUUGACUCUACUGCCUAAGCAACAACAGCAGUCAUUGGGAAACAGACCCAAUCCUUUAGAUUCUCCUCCUCACUCUAACAAACGACGAAUGUCAGAUAGAGACGCUUCACCUCCACCUGCGCCAGCUCCAAAACGACUCACUCUGCCAUUACCUCAAACAUCAGCUUUAAGGAUUGCUACUGAAAAAGCUGCUAAGAUUCAGAUCCAUCAAGACAAAGCUAAGUCUCCACCUCCAGCAUCUGUACCUCUGCCACCUCCACCCUCUGGCAAUGCAAGAUCUAAACUGCCCAACUCUCCUCAAAAGCAGCCUAGUAGUAAUAAGUCCAGAGCAGCAGAGCCUGUGGUGGCCAAAGCAGUUCCCAAAGUGCCAUCGGCAAGUGCACCUACUGCGACUGCAACAGGGGCCAAGGCAAAGAAAAGCAUGUCCUCCCGACGUGAAGAACUACUUAAACAGUUGAAGGCUGUUGAGGAUGCUAUAGCAAGGAAAAAGUCCAAGCUUCAAUGAUGGCACUCUGUUGUUUCAGUUCUUGAUAUUUAUUCUGGAUGGUGAAACUGGUUAUUCAAUUACUUGUGAUGUUUGAAAUGUGACAAUGCACUUUUUUGUUUUCAUUUUUCAAUAGUGACAAGGCUUGGGUGAUUUUUUUGGGAUAUGAUGGGCAUGAUGUGAGUUGACAUUUAAUAUUGGCAUGUUUCAUGCAUAGUAUGUGAAUAAAUGAUUGUAUGUGGUGUAUGUAAUGCUAUGACACUUGAUCUAUGUAUAUAAAUAUGUGUAUAAAAUAAAAAGAGAAGUGUGAUGAGACACGUGUGUUCAGUAGUUGAGGAAUGGUGCCUUGCUAAAUAAAUUGUACCUUUUUUUUUAAUUGACAUUUUUUUUUUUAAUUUGCUUGUGUGAAUAUGGUAGCAUCUUGUGCUCUAGUUCACUCUAUUUCUUGUAGUAACCAUUCUAUUCUAUCACAUAUCUAAGAGGAAUAAAAUGUAAUUUGUAUUGAUAGAUUUUUUAAAUUCUUUGUUUACUUUUUCUCUCUCACCAUUUGACUAUUGUGUUUCUCUAAAUUCCUUUUCUUCUUAACAUUAAGACCAAAUUUAUGUCCAAUGUAGAUAUAUAUAUGCACUUGCUAAUUUUUUGUUUUUGUUUUCGAACUGGUUAAUAUAUCACUUGGAAAUGUUAGUGACAAUUUUUUUUGUUUUAUUUCAUUUACUUCUAUUCAUCCUGUAUAGAUACCCCCAUAUGCUUGAAUAGCCAGAUGUAGAGUUGCAUCAGCGUUCACUUCACCUACUAUGUAGGAUGAAAGAUAGUCAUCUUCUUUGACUUAUAGAUUUACAGAUAGUGUUCAAUCUUCAUUAGAAGAUGUUCAAAUCUUUGUCAAAAACUUUCAUUUUAAGUAGAAAAAAUGUUUUCAUUGUUCCUGCCAACAUCAGGAAAGAUAAGAGUUUAUAAUGAAUUAGUAAUCUUGGUUUUUUUUUUAAAUAAAGAAAUGUUGAUCCAGUCUUGUAAAUAGAAGCAAGAAAGUACAGGUGACUUAAAACAUUUUUUUUCUUGACAUAGUUAAUAUCUUCCUGUUACUGUCAUCCAAAUGGAUACUUUCAGCCAUUACAAUAUAUUUCACGAGUGAUCAAGAUAUGUUUUCAGUGCUCAAAGACAUACUAUGGAUUAUUUGAUAAUAAACAUCAUUUUCUGAAUGAAA